AUGCUCAGCUUCCUGCUGUGUGUUCUCGCGACUCCAGUGCUGCUGGCUUGCGCACGCGGUUUUUACAAUGUCUUUUUGCAUCCCCUGCGCCGGUAUCCAGGCCCGCUGCUGUACCGAGCGAGCUUCCUGCCGCUGAUGCUCAAGCAUUGCCAGGGCGACUCGACCCGGUACAUUCAGAGCCUGCACAGACGAUACGGGCCGGUCGUCCGCGUCGAACCCAACCUGCUGAGCUUUGCCGAUGGUCAGUCGUGGCAAGACAUCUACGGGUAUCGCAAGACAGGGCCCGAGGCCCAGACGAAGCCGCGUGGUAACUUGCCCAAGCCGACGUUCGGCGUUCGUAAGAAUUUGAACGGCAUUUCGGACAUAAUCAACGCCAACGAAGAUGACCAUAAGCGCAUGCGGAGGGUCAUGAACCACAUGUUUGCCCCGGGGGCUCUGACGAAGGAGGAACCGCUUGUCCAGCGCUAUGUGGACAAGAUGGUUGACCGCCUUCGUGACAAGGCAAUUCGAGACGAAGAAGUCGACAUGGUCAUGUGGUUCAAGUAUGUAUCUGGCAUGUUCUCAACCGACUGA